CUUCAAGUUUUCUUUAGCAGUAAGCUGUGACACACAUCAUUUGAUUUUUUUUCUGCCACUGUAAGAAGACCUACAGAGACACUACAGCCAUGGCGAAUGGAGGCAUCAUUGCCCUGAUGGUCGUUGUUGUAAUAUUGAAUGUCGUUGCAGCGGCAGCAGGACUGGCGUUAUGUGCAUUAGCCAUUUGGGUAGCUGUAGAUCCAUAUAAAGUGUACCCAAUAUCUGCUGUAUCGGGGAAGGAUGAUAUCUUUGCAGCAGCCUGGAUAGCCAUCUUCACUGGCUUUGCCUACUUCUGCACUGCCAUCUUUGGCAUCUACGCUGCUCUGAAAAGGAAGCGGUCACUCGUGCUGUUGUACCUGAUCCUCAUGUUCAUCAUCUUCAUAUUCGAAUGUGCAUCCUGCAUCACAGCGGUCACCAACAGAGACUAUCUGAUUGGAAACAGUAACCUCGUGAAGAAUCAGAUGCUGAAGUACUACGCACAGGACAGUAACCAAGGAAGGCAGAUAACCGGUACUUGGAACAAAGUGAUGAAUGAUGCUCAAUGCUGCGGGACAGACAGCCCAAUGGACUGGAUAGAGUACAAUUCCACCUUCAAGCAGACGUAUGGCAGCACAUACACCUGGCCCCUCAACUGCUGCCAACGCCAGAACAGCUUUGAUCCAGCUGACCCAGUUGGCUGCAUGUUUGGCCAGACCAGUGCAGUAUUCAGCAAGGGUUGUUUCAACUACAUCCAGACUGUGUUAAAUCGUUAUACCUGGUCCGUGAGCUGGUAUGGCUUUGCUGUGCAAAUGUUUGUGUUUUUCCUCCUGCUGAUCACCAUUGUGUACUUCCUCCUCCUGGAAUAACAACAUUAAGCAGAUUUUUCAACCAAAAAUGUUAAUAUGACUUUCAAAUGAAAUUUAUCAGUGUAAUAAGUACCUGCUAGAUUUUGUUCAUUUAUUACAUUCUUGGCUUUGAACAAUGCCACAUAUGAACUUGCCAUUUCUGCCUCCUGCUGCCAAGAUCUUCCUUCGAGGCAAACAUCGCUACUGAUUGCACAACAUUUACAGUUUUUUUGUGUGUGUGUUUGUAGUGGGUUUUGUGUUUGGCAUGAUAGUGGCUUUGUUCCUUUUGAACUAUCAUGGGCUUUUAUUAUAGAUUUCAUUACAUUCUUUAAAAGCAGUCAAUUUCAGGGUUUUUCCUCUUAUGACAAAUUGCAGAUUUACAGAAAAAUAUAUUUAUGUUAUGUUUUAAUCAGUUACGUGUGCAUAUGUGACUGUUUGUAACUGUGUUAAUAAACAAUGAAGUACCA